CUUUCAUAUGUGAAACACGUGUUUUUUAGGCCCAAAUAACGGAGCAGCAGAAUUUGGCUUCAACGGAGCAGAAACUGCAGGAAGAGUUGCACGUCGAACAGGCAGUUCAGGAUAUUGUGCGUCUAAUCAAACAAGAUGCGCGCACCGCGCUUCUCAUUGUUCAGCUACUCAGGCGAUAUCAGCUCGAAAGAAGUCAAGCUGUUACUGCAGCCACGCAAGUGGACGACGAUCAUCACUGUGAGGCUGAAGUGCAACACAGCGCUCACAUUUCAUCGAAUUCCCAGGAACUGGUGCCAGUAGGCAAGUCGCAGCAGUGCAUCUCUUCCAUGGAUGCUCCGAUGGAAUCUGUCCAAAGUACACUUCAACAAAAAGCCAAUGACACUACUGUAGAGGAAGAUGAACCGCAGCCAUGUACUCAGAUCACUCUUCCUCUUCCAAAACCUAAAAGCCGGAAGAAAAACAGUGUGACCAGGACAAAUACAAAAUCCGAUAACACGGAUACACAGGAGAAGGCGUCCGGACAUGUGGAUAUGGAAGAAAUUUUUAAAAGAGUUUUAGAAAACGCUUCGAAGGCUCUGGCGGAAAGUAGUGCAGAAAAAAGGCUGAAAAGUUGCACGGAAUCUUCCUCAUCACGUGCGCCAGAACACUUUCAGAUAGAAAAGACUACAGCCAGUUGCUCAGAACGACAGGAACAAAGAAGCUGCCUUGUGGAUGAGAAUAGCAGCUCGACGACAGCCACUUUGCCAAGCUGUGAGCAACUCAUGCAGCCUUUUGUUUCAAAUACGCCACCAGCAACAACAUAUAACGUGAGCCAGGGAAUGGAAACUGAUUUAGUCAACGGUCAUUACGAGGAACGCGUUGAGGUGCUCGAAGAAGGAGCUGUUGAUGCACCGCAGAGUUUCCAGUACUCAAAAAAUCAGGCUUUUGAUGACCUUAUGGACGUUUUGCGGGAUGAUCAAGCUGGCAUUGGCGAUUCGAAAACGAAUGUCCCAGAUUUUGAAGCGGCAACAAUUUACGGAUCGGACGAGCUGGCUACUUUGCUAGGUGAUGACUGGUUUCAACACGAUUGCGCCAUGUCAGAUUCUCAAACAGCCGAGCGUUACAUUGCUUGCACUAACUUGGCAAUGGAUUGGCUGGAUAUGAUGUUGCCAUGUUCGGUCCAUGGUGAUACUGAUACUGGCGUUAUUGACUCGAUCCGGUGA